UGACUGAAAUGAAACCUUAGGGUUCCUUGGUUCUUCUUUGUCCCCAAAAUUAUUUAGGUUAUAAGAUUUUCACCAUUAUUGCCAAAGCUCAAAUCCCCUUCCAUUUCCAACUCUCCACCACAAGAUUUCUGAUAAAUAGUGUUUAGAGAGAUCUUUCUUCAACCAUGUCGAAAACAAAGUCGAGUAAAAAAGCCUUGAAGUCCUACACCAUCAAAGGUACCAACAAGAUUGUAAGAGUUGGGGACCAUGUGACGAUGCGGCCCCCUGAUACAAACAAGCCACCAUACGUGGCUCGUAUUGAGAAAAUUGAACCAGCUGGUCGUAAGAACGAUGUGAAGGUGUAUGUUAGGUGGUACUAUAGGCCAGAAGAUUCCUUUGGGGGACGUAGGAGAUUCCAUGGAGUGAAAGAGUUGUUUUUGUCUGACCAUUAUGAUGUACAAAGUGCUCAUGCCAUUGAAGAGAAGUGUGUUGUGCACUCUUUCAAGAACUAUACCAAGCUUCAAGAUGUAGCUGCUGAGGAUUAUUAUUAUAGGUUUGAGUACAAGGCUGCUAGUGGAACUUUCACACCUGAUCGUGUAGUUGUGUACUGCAAGUGCGAGAUGCCUUAUAACCCAGAUGUACUUAUGAUGCAGUGUGAGGAAUGCAAGAAUUGGUACCAUCCUGCUUGUGUGGACAUGACUACUGAAGAUGCACAAAAGUUAGAGCAAUAUGUUUGCUCGGAAUGUUCAUAAAUCUCAAGCUAUAGUUGCUCUAUCACCAAAAACUGAUGUGAAGAUUAUUGAGCCCAAGCGACAAAGAAUAUGAUGAGUAUGCAGAAUUAACUCAUUUAUGGAAAUUAAUUUCAUUGGUUAUUUGGUGGAUAAUGGGUAUGUUUGCAUAUUAUACAACUUCUAUAAGAGACUAUAAACAUUUUAUGUCUUUGAUUUAGACUUUGGCAUAAGUUUAUAUAAUAAAAAUAAUUAAAUGCAUGAAUAUGUGUGUGU